AUCGGGUCUUCAAAGUGUCAUAUGUUUCGCAUUGUUUUACAUGUUUGAUGGACUCAACAUCAUGUUGGACACAUGGAAGCAGUUCCAACAUCAUGUCCAUCUUCAUUCCUUCACAAGUCAUAUCAUUAUCCUGAACUCUUCAUCUUCUGCCACAAAUCACUUGCGAGUAUAUCCUUAUCCACAUCCUUACAGGUUUCUAAUUAACCAACCCAGAAAAUGUCUGACACAGAAUCCUUUCCUACUUCUCCUGGUGAUCGGAGAAAGUCAGGAUGUGAAAGCUAGAGACACCAUACGGAUGACUUGGGGAAAUGUAAGCAACUAUAGAGAUGUUGACGUUAUGAUGCUCUUCUUGGUUGGCAUCUCUCCUGUUAUGACUGGGGCCAUACAGAGGCUCCUUGAAGAGGAAAGUACCAUUUAUGAGGACAUUGUUCAGCAGGACUUCCUGGAUAUCUAUCAAAAUCUAACUCUGAAAACUUUAAUGGGUAUGGAGUGGGUGAAUGAUUUCUGCCCUAAUGCCUCCUAUGUGAUGAAGGUGGACAAUGAUGUCUUUCUCAAUGUCAACUAUUUGGUCCACCAACUUCUCCAUCCAGAUCUUCCACCUCGUACUAAUUAUCUAACUGGGUUAAUUGUACGCUAUACAGGACCUAUACGGGACAAAGAAAGCCAAUGGUACAUAUCUGAGGAAGUUUACCCUGGGGACACAUACCCACCAUACCCUUCAGGACCAGGAUAUGUGUUCUCAGGAGAUAUGGCCCAAAAGAUCUAUAAAGUAGCUCAAGAAAUCAUAUUCUUUGGCAUCGAAGAUGUUUUUAUUGGUGUUUGUUUGUACAAACUGAAUAUUUUACCCACAAACACACCAAGAAAUAUGUUUAAUGGUCACAAGAUCGAUUAUCAUCCCUAUACGUUUUGUAAUCUGGUCAUGGUUCACCAUUACAAGGAUAAUGACUUGAUAAAAGUUUGGCAACAGUUGUGGAGAAAGGGGGUGUUUGUGUGUUAAUUGAGAGAGAACGCGUAGGUUGUAAUUAUCUCCAUAAGGGCUCAUGCACACGACCAUAUGGCUUUUUCAGUGUUUUGUGGGCCGUUUUUAACGGAUCAGUUUUUCUGUUUCUUGUUUCGGUAGUGUUUCUGGUUCCAUUCUUCUGUUCCGUUUUUCCAUAUGGCAUAUACAGUAAACAGUAAUUACAUAGAAAAAAUUGGGCUGGGCAUAAAAUUUCCAAUAGAUGGUUCCGCAAAAAACAG